UCUCACGGUAUGCUAUUACGUCCGGCAUGCAACAGAUGUCACUGUUUCCCUACCAACUUCUGAACGUAUGAAUUUUUUUUUAAGUACGUGUUUGUACUUUAGGAAAAGAGAAAACACUCAGAGGAUCAUAUACGGAAUAAACAACUAUUUCAGAACAAGAUUUCCGGAUAUUGUGACCUUAUAGUCACAUUACAUCUUUUUUCUUUGUAUACAGAACCAGAGUAUUUUUGCGAAACUUGUGAAAUACACGUUUUUUCUCUGCUGUUUUCUCAAAAAUUUCAACCAAUAUUUUUGAUUUUUGAAGUGUUGAUGUAUCAGCAGAGAAUGGAAUAAAAACCUCCACGGAGUCAAGUAGACCUGAGGAUGUCCUGCGCAUCAAAUCCAGGCAUUUCAUAGUUAAACAUUAUCCAAACAGUAAACUCAUCACGCAAGCGCACUCACGCACGAUCGCGAUCCCUGUCUUAUAAAACCAGCUGCUGCCACUUUGCUGCUCGGAGUCUUCACUGAUCUUCGCUCCAUCAUCAUCAUCAUCACCAGCAGCAGCGGCGGCGGCGGCGGCUCUCUCAGAAUGGCACUGGCCGACGCAGAGCGCACUCUGUCCGGCUGCGGCACGGACUCCUUCUCUCCGUUCACGGAGAUCAUUGAGCUGAACGUCGGCGGACAGGUUUAUGUCACCAGACACAAAACUCUGAUCGCUGUGCCAGACUCCCUCCUGUGGAACAUGUUCAGCAGAAAGUCUCCAAAGGAGUUGGCGAGGGACAGCAAGGGCCGCUUCUUCUUGGACAGAGACGGCUUCUUGUUCCGCUACAUCCUAGACUACCUGCGGGACCUGAACCUGGUCCUCCCGGACUACUUCCCCGAAAAAAGCCGCUUACAGAGGGAGGCUGAGUUCUUCCAGCUGCGGGACCUUUCCAAACGACUGAGCCCCAGGCUGAGCAAGGAGAACUCCAUCUGUGAGGAGAUCAGCCAGAGCGACACGGAGGACAACGCGCAGCAGUGCGGCUCCUCCGUUUGCGCGGAGGCUUUGCGCGCAAUGUCCGUCAGUAGUGCCAUGCGCUCUCCGUCUCUGGACUCCAGAAAGUCGGGCUACAUCACGAUAGGAUACCGCGGCUCCUACACCAUAGGGAGAGAUAUCCAGACAGACGCCAAAUUCAGGAGAGUGGCGCGGAUCACCGUGUGUGGGAAAACCUCCCUGGCCAAAGAGGUGUUUGGAGACACGCUGAACGAGAGCAGGGACCCGGACAGACCCCCAGAGAGGUACACGUCCCGGUAUUACCUCAAGUAUAAUUUUCUAGAGCAGGCAUUUGACAAGCUGACAGAGGUGGGCUUCCACAUGGUAGCCUGCAGCUCCACUGGCACCUGUGCUUACACCAGCAACGACCCAAACGAGGACAAGAUCUGGACCAGCUACACUGAAUACGUCUUCUGUCGGGAAUAACUGCGACGGUGUCAUGCUGAUGUAAAUACACAAAGAGGCGAAUGUUUGUGUUGGUUCUCAGUCAUCUACUGUAGUCAACAAGCAAAUUGGUUUGAACCCACUGAUCUUCAUAAUGGCCCAUUUCUGAGUCUAGUGUGGCCAGUUCUCUAUCAGAGAGCUGAUUUCGUUAACUGAGAUGUGGCCCAUAUUUUGGUCAGUAUUCCACCAUCUGAACCACAAACAUCAUCCAAAACUAUUUGCCCUUUGUUAAGUUUGGUCCAAUGCUCGUCUACUGGAAUAAUGAUUUAUUUUUGGUUCAGCUUAGAUGUGUGACUAAUGCAGCUACUAUCUGGUAUCUAGGAUUUGGCCACAACAUUAUAUCUAGAAGUUUGGCAACCGUUGUCAACUAGCUAAGCCUCACCUGAAUCUUUCUAGGACCAGACUGGUCUGUUAAAACAGAGCCAGAUGAUGGUCACUUUUGGUUUACGUUAAGUGGAGAUGUUAUUCAUUCCUGUUGGUGGACCAACGUGAUACAUUUUGCAAUUUUGGCAGAUCAAAUUUCUUGAAAUUUAGAUUAAUCACUUGGGACCACUUUGUUUAAAGGACAGAGACCAGGGCUCCUUUCUUGCUGGGUAUGAUGAGCACCUUGCCCAAGGACAUAUUGGUGGACAGACUAGCAGAACCCACAGUGGAACGUGCAGCCCACACUACCCAUUGCUCCAGACGUUGCACCCAAAUAGAAAGAAAAUUCCAUUUAAAAUAUUCUAUAAAUAUUAUUAAAUAACAUUUUUUUCUACAUCUGAGGUGAGCUAGAGACAUGAAAUAUCAAAACACCAGAUAGAACUCUAACUAUUUUUAGCAUAAGUCAAAAGAAAAUAAUUCUAAUUUGGAGUCCAGAGAUGUGUGAAGAACACUAAUAAAACCACAUCGUCUCCGCUUCACAAAAGUGAAUGUCACACUUCAGUCACAUCUGACUCAGUCUUAAUCAGCAUCAAAGAAGAAUCCAGCAGUAUUGGUAUUAGUAUUCAGUGUCACUGUCAUUUCUAGACUUGCUUGAUCAUGUUUGGCU